GGUCCGAUGCAGACAGCGCGUGCGCGGCGUCGCCGGGCUCGUGACGAACUUCCUGCCGUCGAGCGCCCGGCUGGCCGGACUCAAGCGGAGGCGCGCGGAGCCGUCGCCGUGGCGAUUCCCGCCCAGGCUCCUGAGACUGCCGGCCAGCAACCCCACCAUGUCCCAGCCCUGGGCCCCAGAGCAGGUGCUGGGCACGCUGGAGGACUGCCCCCCCAGCAGGAGGGACGAGGACGCCAGGGAGGGGAUGCAGUGCUCCCAACGCAUGCUCAGCUUCAGCGACGCCCUGCUGUCCAUCAUCGCCACUGUCAUGAUCCUGCCUGUGACGCACACGGAGAUCUCCCCAGAGCAGCAGUUCGACAGAAGUGUACAGAGGCUUCUGGCAACACGGAUCGCCGUCUACCUGAUGACCUUUCUCAUCGUAACGGUGGCCUGGGCAGCACACACAAGGUUGUUCCAAGUUGUUGGGAAAAUAGACGACACACUUGCCCUGCUCAACCUGGCCUGCAUGAUGACCAUCACCUUCCUGCCUUACACGUUUUCCUUAAUGGUAACCUUCCCUGAUGUGCCCCUGGGCAUCUUCGUGUUCUGUGUGUGUGUGAUCGCCAUCGGGGUCGUACAGGCACUGAUUGUCGGGUACGCAUUCCACUUCCCGCACCUGCUGAGCCCACAGAUCCAGCACUCUGCCCACAGGACCCUGUACCGAAGGCACAUCCUGGGCAUCGUCCUCCGAGGCCCAGCCCUCUGCUUGGCAGCAGCCAUCUUCUCCCUCUUCUUUGUCCCCUUGUCUUACCUCCUGAUGGCAACCGUCAUCCUCCUCCCGUAUGUCAGCAAGGCCGCCGGCUGGUGCCGAGACAGGCUCCUGGGCCACAGGGAGCCCUCGGCUCACCCAGUGGAAGUCUUCACAUUUGACCUUCAUGAGCCACUCAGCAAGGAGCGGGUGGAAGCCUUCAGCGACGGCGUCUAUGCCAUCGUGGCCACCCUUCUCAUCCUGGACAUCUGCGAGGACAACGUCCCGGACCCCAAGGACGUGAAGGAGAGGUUCGGCGGCAGCCUCGUGGCUGCGCUGAGCGUGUUCGGGCCGCGCUUCCUGGCGUACUUUGGCUCCUUCGCCACUGUGGCACUGCUGUGGUUCGCCCACCACUCGCUCUUCCUGCACGUGCGCAAGGCCACGCAGGCCAUGGGGCUGCUCAACACGUUCUCACUGGCCUUCGUGGGUGGCCUCCCACUGGCCUACCAGCAGACCUCGGCCUUCGCCCGGCAGCCCCGCGACGAGCUGGAGCGCGUCCGUGUCAGCUGCGCCAUCAUCUUCCUGGCCAGCAUCUUCCAGCUCGCCAUCUGGACCACGGCCCUGCUGCACCAGGCGGAGACGCUGCAGCCCUCGGUGUGGUUCGGCGGCCGGGAGCACGUGCUCAUGUUUGCCAAGCUGGCCCUGUACCCCUGCGCCAGCCUGCUGGCCUUCGCCUCCACCUGCCUGCUGAGCAGGUUCAGCGCAGGCAUCUUCCACCUCACACAGAUCGCUGUGCCCUGCGCCUUCCUGCUGCUGCGCCUGCUCGUGGGCCUGGCCCUGACCAGCCUGCGGGUCCUGCGGGGCCUGGCCCGGCCCCGACAUUCCCCGCCGACCCCCACAGGCCAGGACGACCCACAGGCCCAGCUCCUCCCUGUCCCCUGCUAGCAGCCACGGGGCCACUCCCAGCCACCACCAGAUACGGACUGGGGAGGACAGGACGCUGGGUGGGGGAAGCUGAGUUACGGGCAGGCCUCAGUGGUUCUCGUGUGGCCUGGUUUUAUUUUCACUGUGAAAUAUGUUCUAUCUGUCCUCAAA